AUGAAAUAUUGUUUUAGCCGCGUAUUGCGGCUCGUUAUUGGUUUGGGCUUGUUGAUAUUAAUGUUACCUGUUCUUCUAUCAAAACUGGAUUCUUUUAAUCAACGAACAGUAGUUAAAGUAGAUGAAGACUAUCCUCAGGAAACUGACUCGUUACAUGUAGCACAUUCGAGAAGAAAAGAAAAAAAAAUAGACGGAAAUCGAACGAUAACAACAGAUCUCGAACCGGUGAUGACGGCAGAUAAAUUAGGAAAUUAUGAGCCAGUCAAUGACUUGAAAAGAACGGGACCUGGAGAAAAUGGAGCUGGGAUAACGCUCGACGCUGAUGAAGACCGUAAAGCACAGCAAACUAUUGCAAGAUAUGGAUUUAAUAUGGUUGCAUCAGAUAAAAUAUCACUCGAUAGAAGAAUUAAAGACACCAGACCAGCAGAAUGUAAAAAUUGGCAAUAUCCAUCAGUCGAUAAAUUACCAACAGCAUCUGUGAUUCUUGUUUUCUAUGAUGAAGGAUGGAGUGUACUGUUAAGAACGGUGCACAGUGUCAUCAACACCUCUCCACCAGAAUUACUCAAAGAUAUUGUGUUAAUUGAUGAUGGAAGUGGAGACGUGAAAUUAUAUAGAACUGGACAACGUGUCGGAUUGAUUGAAGCUCGAACCCUUGGAGCGAAAAAAUCAACUGGAGACGUUAUUGUCAUACUAGAUGCACAUUGUGAAUGUGUAUCAAACUGGCUGCCCCCUUUGCUCACACGUGUUGCGUUAAAUCCGAAAGCGCUGGCUGUUCCAAUAGUUGAUGGUCUUGAAUGGAAGACCCUUGAACAUGUCAAUAUAUAUGGAUCAACAAAUUUUCGUGGUAUAUGGGAAUGGGGCUUUUUAUACAAAGAAACAGAAGUACCUGAACAAGAGUUAAAAAAACGAAAAUACAACUCGGAACCCUAUUGGUCACCAACACAUGCCGGAGGAUUACUGGCAAUUGAUCGACAAUGGUUCUUUGAACUGGGUGCUUACGAUCCUGGAAUUAAGGUUUGGCAAUGUGGAGGUGUCGUAGAAUGGGUUCCUUGCUCACACAUCGCGCACGCUUAUCGUGGUCCUCGUUCUCAUUCAUCUUAUGUACCAGGAACAAGUGCCCAUCAAACAUCAAUUAAUCACAUGAGACUUGCAGAAGUUUGGAUGGAUGAAUUUAAAGAAUAUUAUUAUAUUCGUGAACCGGCAAUACAUAAUUUAGAAAUUGGAGACAUAUCAGAACGAAAACAAUUGCGUAAAAAAUUAAAAUGCAAAUCAUUCAAAUGGUUUUUAGAUACAAUUGCAUAUGAUGUUUUACAAAAGUUUCCUGCCCCCCCAAAAAAUAAAGUGUGGGGUCAAUGUAAAAACGCGCAUAAUUCCGUUUGUUUGGAUGAUCGUGGAGCUGCAUUUGGACAACCAAUUGGCGUAGGACAGUGCUAUAAACAGAUGGUUUUUCGUUUGAAUGAAGAAGGUGAAUUAUCAGCUGGCGAACAUUGUUUCAUUUCUGAUCACGAAAUUGUUAAAAAGAAAUUUUGUCUUGAUCAUAAAGGAAAAUGGAAUCCGAUUGGCGAAUGGUCCUAUGAAAAUCAUACGAAACACAUUCGAAGUAAUAAAGAAAAACUCUGUAUGGAAACGGAUGGUAAAGAUUUAAAAUUGGCCUCGUGUGAUGAGAAAAACGGUUCUCAACAAUGGGAAUGGACUCCAAUUUUUUAUUGA